AGCUCGAAAGCAGCCUAGGCUCGGCUCGACUGGGCUCGGCUCAGCUCAUUUUCCUCAAUUCCUCCGCUUUAUCCCUCUUUGGCCGCACUGGUUUAUUCAUCAUCUUGGGUUUUCAUGCGGAUAUCUUGCUAUGGGAAUAUCCCUUUUCUCAUCGACUUGAAGCAAGAACCUCUCAAACCUCCGGUGUUGAUCCCGCUGCCUUUACGUGAUAAGUGCUUUGGAAAUGAAUUUGGAAGGGAAAUCAGGCUUGAGUCCUCUUUGAGAACAGCGCAGAAAGGAAGAUCAUUGAUGUCUAUCUUCAACAUGAACGACAAGCAGAUCCGGAUUCCCAAUCAGGUAGACUUUCCCAAGUCGCAUAAACAAUUCAAUGGCUCUGCAGGUAGCUGCUUCAGGAGCAUUCAGGGAAAAGAAACUAAAAAAAAGAGAGAGAUGGGCUUCAGCCUCUUCGAAAUAUCUCUUCCAUUUAAUUCUCCGGCCGGCUUCAAUGGCUCAGGGACGGUUGCUGCUGGGAGCCGUGAAAAUCGGGCGCGUGAUUCCGGAAUCAAGAACUCAUCGUGUUGUUGCAAUACAACGUCUGGGCAAAGGACACCACCUGCUGUGUUGGGUCACGCCCGUCGUCAGCCCAUUGCCAGGAGCUCUGCGCAGUGAGGCCAGCGUUUUCGCUGGAGAUAGAGAUCGUUCGUCUACCAUAUCCGAUCACCAUCUUCAACUUCUUCUUUUCCUCGAUUUGCUACUCUGCUCUACAUUGAGCCGUUAACUUCUAGGAAGUUUACGUUCGGACGCCCACAUUUUCACCAUAACUUCCAAAAUCGAGCCUCAGAUUCAAGAUUAUACCGCCACAGAUACAACUGUUUAGCCAUAUCCGCAUGAGGGCUCAUAAUUAAAGCAGAUAUCUUUUCCUUUAUCGAGCCAAGUGCCUGGUUGGGGCUCACCAAACAGCGUUUAGAAAAUGAGGCUAAGUCAUGGAAGUACUCUUCUUCUAAAGGAUUCAUCGUAAAGCUAGAUUAAAGUAAUUGGAAGAAAGCUUGGAAGGGACAUCUGUCUCCAUUUUGAAGAAGAAGAAGAAGAAGAAAAAGGAAAGGGGAUUGAAGAUGCAUAAUUCAUUCAGGUCAACUGAUAUCCACUUUUGCCAAGAUCAACAUCCCUGUAUUUUUCAUCAGGUGGUAAAAGAAUGAUGAAGUGGAAGACUACGCGAGGAUCAA